UACAGGGUAAUAAUUAUGACAGAUUGAUAUUUGCCAUGCAGUGUUAUCAAGUUGCCAAAUUACUUCAAAUAGUUCCCCUGGGUCAAUUAAUCUGUCACUACUGAACCUUACCUCUUCAACAGGAGAUACAAAUUCAUACAAUUUGCUUGUCUUAUAACAACAUAUUGGUAGAGUUUAAAACUGGUCUUGUGCAGUAGAAACCUAGGUCACUGCGACACCAAACAGAAGUCAGACGGGCACAAUGACACCAAACCAAAUUCAGAUGGGUUUAGUGACACCAAAUAAAAGUCAGAUGGGCACAGUGACACCAAAUAAAAGUCAGAUGGGCACAAUGACACCAAACCAAAGUCAGAUGGGCACAAUGACACCAAACAGAAGUCAGAUGGGCACAAUGACACCAAACCAAAGUCAGAUGGGUUUAGUGACACCAAAUCAAAGUCAGAUGGGCACAAUGACACCAAAUCAAAGUGAGAUGGGCACAAUGACACCAAAUCAAAGUCAGAUGGGCACAAUGUCACCAAACCAACAUCAGAUGGGCACAGUGUCACCAAACCAAACUACGACAGAUGUUGAAAAUCUCUGGCAUACACAGCUGAAUAGGUUCUCUGACAGUAAGUAUUGUUAUAUGUAAACAUUCAAUACAUGUGUAAGGGCCUCAGAAUGUUUUUAAUUCUUUUUCCCUUCAACUCAAUAUUCAGUGUUUACUAUAAAUACUGGUUAAUAGGAUAGGGAUGUUAAAUUAAUUUAAAUGGUAGACACUGGUGUGUCAGCAAUGGUUGAUGACCAUUUUACAAUAAAAAAUCUGCUGAACAAAACCAGAAAAUAAACAAUGACUUCACUUUUCUUUUCUAUAAAUGUUAGUGUUAAAAGGUUGGUUUAACA